AUGACGUCCGUCCUCCCUGUACCCCUGCAGCGUCUGUGCCAGGCCAGCGCCCUAUCCACCCUGCACAACAUCCCUCUACCCGUAUCCUGUGGCACCUGCGCGUGUGCACACUCACUCUCCCCUUUCCGCAUUUUUCUCCCCGAAACCCUCUGCCUACCUACAGACGUCCGUGCUGCCGUUAGCUCUACUGCGCCUGUGCCAGGCCAGCGCCCUAUCCACCCUGCACAACACCCUCCCCACGCCCCAACCCCCUGCCCUACAGACGUCCGUGCUCCCUCUAGCCCUGCAACGGAGGCCAGCGCCCUAUCCAUCCUGCACAACAUCACCAUGGGUGUGCUGCAACAUCACCAUGGGUGUGCUGCAACAUCACCAUGGGUGUGCUGCAACAUCACCAUGGGUGUGCUGCAACAUCACCAUGGGUGUGCUGCAACAUCACCAUGGGUGUGCUGCAACAUCACCAUGGGUGUGCUGCAACAUCACCAUGGGUGUGCUGCAACAUCACCAUGGGUGUGCUGCAACAUCACUGUGGCACCUGCGCCCGCCCACCCUCCCUAUCCCGCCUUUCUCUCCCCUCAACCCCCCAUCUACCUACAGACGUCCGUGCUCCCCUUGGCUCUGCAGCGCCUGUGCCAAGCCAGCGCCCUAUCCACCCUGCACAACAUCACCACGUCCGUGCUGCCUCUAGCCCUGCAACGUCUGUGCCAGGCGAGCGCCCUAUCCACCCUCCACAACACCACAGUGGGUGUGCUGUGGCACCUGCGCCCGCACACACCCCCUCCUGCCUCUCGCGAAGCGGCCACAGCCACAGAAACCCCCCCGCCCUUGCCCUUCUCGGCGCUGCUGGUGCCGCCGCAGGGGGUGGCAGUGCGUGUGUCGCUGCCUGCAGGGGUGGUGGCAGAGGGGAAGCGAUUGCAGGUGCAGCAGGCAGAUAGGACGGAAGACUUUGGUAUUGCACCGGUGAAGCGCAAGUGUGGGGAGAGGGAGGAGGAGGAAUGGAGCCCUCUGAUGCUGCCCAUGGAGGUCUAUGUGCCCCGCUCUCUUGCCCGCGCCAUGCGUGAGUGGCUGUUGCAUAAGGAGGAGGAGGAGCAGGAGCAGGAGCAGGAGCAGGAGGAGAGGAUUAGUCUGAUGCUGCUCAUGGAGGUCUAUGCCCCCCGCUCUCUCGCCCUCGCCAUGCAUGAGUGGCUGUUGCAUAAGGAGGAGGAGGAGGAGGAGGAGGAGGAGGAGGAGGAGGAGGAGGAGGAGGAGGAGGAGGAGGAGGAGGAGGAGGAGGAGGAGGAGGAGGAGGAGGAGGAGGAGGAGGAGGAGCGGGAGGAGGAGGAGGAGGAGGAGGAGGAGGAGGAGGAGCAGGAGCAGGAGCAGGAGGAGUGGAGCCCUCUGAUGCUGCUCAUGGAGUCGACUCAAAAGCAGGAGGAGGCCUUUGAGUCGACUCAAAAGCAGGAGGAGGCCUUUGAGUCGACUCGAAAGCAGGACGAGUGGAGCCCUCUGAUGCUGCUCAUGGUGGUCUAUGCCCCCUGCUCUCUUGCCCGUGCCAUGGCAUGGCUGUACGACGAGACCAUGAGGUGCUAUCUGUCGCUGCACCCAUCAGCAGCAGUGCCCUCUGUGCGUUCCUCUCUCCUUCCUCUCCCCACCCUCUCUCCCUCCACGCAUCCACUGGCCCAUGCAUCCACUGGUCCAUGCCGGCUGUACGACGAGACCAUGAGGUGCUAUCAGGCGCUGCAGCCGUCAGCAGCGGUGCAAGCGAUGGUGGAUGGAGAGGAUGUGGGGCGAGUGAGGGGCACAACGGGAGUGCUGCUGGAGGACCCCAAGGUUUCAGGAGCCACUGCUGCUGCUGCAUCAUGUCCCAACGCCAAGCUCCUCCCCACGUGCCUCAUCCGCAAUCUCACCUCCCUCUUCCUCCGCCACCCCGCCCUCGACUUCACUCUCGCAGCCGCCUCCUCUCCCCUGCCCGCCCGCUCCGUCGCCUCCGCCUUCCACCCCAACCGCGCGCCCCUGCUGCCCCUCGCUGCUGCAUGGCGGGCGGAGCACUGUGGGGGCGGAGGGAGUGCGGACAUUGCCACAGCUUGCUACCAACGACUGCUAGCAGAGCUUUUUCUGCUUGCAGACGCCCCUUCCCUCAUCUUCACUCACAAGUCGCCCGCCUUCUCAUUCGUUGUGGCGCGCGGGUCAACACGGCAAUCCCGAGGGCUUGAGGGGGCGUUCAGAGUGGUGCAGCCGGCGCUGUGUGCUGCUGCGUGCCCCAAACCGCUGCUGGAGAAUAAAUUCGCCCAACACAUGAUCGUAGAUGAGUCCCUCAAGGUGCUCUACUGCGCGCUCCCCAAGGUGGGCAACACAAGCUGGAAGCUCUGGUUCCGCCUCAUGAAGCUUCGUGGAAACUACUCCGAGUUUCACUCUUUCAACAAGACCAGCUCUGACAACAACGCGGGUUCUUCUGCGAAUGGGACGGCCGCAGCAGAUGCUGGGGUUGGGGGAACAGCAGCAGCAGAAGGGACAGCAGCACCAGCAGCAGCAGCAGCAGCAGCAGCAGCAGCAGCGUCAGAGCCAGCAGCAAUAAACAUAACGACCGAGGAUUUCAAGAUGAUUCACCUGCGUGGGCUGAACGGACUGACGGAACUCCCAGAUUUCCACGAGGAAGCGGCCAUCCGUUUCAUCACGCGGCGGGACGUGUUCCGAUUCACGUUCGUGCGCAACCCUCUCACGCGCGCCACGUCAGCGUUCCUCGACAAGUUUGUGCACGCGCGAAAUUUCACGAAUGAGGGCGAUGCGCGGCUAUAUUGGGCGGACGCCAUGUUUGGGCAGACCAAGCUGCUCAAGAAGAUGUUAAAAGAGCACCCCACGGGUGAAUUCUCGUUUGCGGAGUAUCUGGUUCUUGUGGAGGAGGCUCUUAAGGGGGAUGCUGAUAAGAUCGAGAAUCACAUUGACAAGCAGAUCGACCUCUGUGCGUUGGAUCACGUGCAUUACGACUUUGUGGGUCGCUUCGAGAACAUGUCUGCUGACGUGGCAGCAGUGAUGCGUCAGCUCAACACGUCAGAUCUUGGGAUCUUCCAGAAGGGCAAGUCCCUCCAGCUCACAGGCGCGGACCAGCGUUCGGCACAGUUGUACGAUAAGGACUCAUUGGAGCGGGCGAAUCGGAUUUACAGCGACGACAUGAGCAUUCCCUUCAACGCCAUUCGCUACGACAUUCCUGAGGCCCUCAAGCAGGUGGCCGCUCGGGAAAACGACACGCGAACACCGGCAACUGCAACCUCUAGAAAACUCCGAAUUCUCGAGUCUCCGCGUUGA